GGCGACCCGGGCUUCUGUGAAACAUGGCGGUCGGCUGGGACCGUAACACAAGCAUGACCAUAUGAAGGAAGAGGAAGGUUUACCUGAAGAUGAGGCGAUUGAAUCGGAAAAAAACCUUAAGUUUGGUGAAAGAGUUGGAUGCCUUUCCGAAGGUUCCUGACAGCUAUGUAGAGACUUCAGCCAGUGGGGGUACAGAUGUUGGAGCAGAUGUAUUGGAUUUAGCAGAAACAAUGGUUGCAUCUGCAGAUGGUCUAGUUUAUGAACCAUUUUUAUAUGAUGUUUCUUCUGUUGUUUGUGGUGUAUUUAGGAUGCUGCAGCUGAUUCAGAGUAGGCUACAAGAAGAGCAUUCACUUCAAGAUGUGAUAUUUAAAAGUGCUUUUAAAAUUUCAUCAACAGCACUUCCACCAAGGGAAGAUGAUCCAUUAGAGUCUCCAGAUGCAUGUAGAAUUCGUGGUCAUUUGUAUGUCAAUAAAGUAGCAGGGAAUUUUCACAUAACUGUGGGCAAGUAUGUUCUUUUCUUUUGUUGCUGUUGGAUUGAUGAAAAAACAUGUUUUGCUUUUAUUCUAGACAACCAGAUGUUCCAAUAUUUUAUUACAGUUGUGCCAACAAAACUACAUACGUAUAAAAUUUCAGCAGACACCCAUCAGUUUUCUGUGACAGAAAGGGAACGUAUCAUUAAUCAUGCUGCAGGCAGCCAUGGAGUCUCUGGGAUAUUUAUGAAAUACGAUCUCAGUUCUCUUAUGGUGACAGUUACUGAGGAGCAUAUGCCAUUCUGGCAGUUUUUUGUAAGACUCUGUGGUAUUGUUGGAGGAAUCUUUUCAACAACAGGCAUGUUACAUGGAAUUGGAAAAUUUAUAGUCGAAAUAAUUUGCUGUCGUUUCAGACUUGGAUCCUAUAAACCUGUCAAUUCUGUCCCCUUUGAGGAUGGCCACACAGACAACCACUUACCUCUUUUAGAAAAUAAUACACAUUAGCAUCUCCCGAGUGAAGGAGAAAAACUUUUUGCCUGAGAUAUAAAACCUUUUUAAUAAUAAAAUAUCGUGCAAUAUAUUCAAAGAAAAGAAAUAUGAAUGAGAAGCAGGAAACACACUUAUUUUAAAAAAGAAAAGGAAAAAUAACCCCAAACUGAAAUUCUAUAUAUGUUGUGUCUGUUACAAAUGUCCUAGAAGAAAUUAUGCAGCUAAUCAGUGAAUAAGCCCAACUGGAGUAUUGCUUUGAAGAUGACUCCUUCUGAUACUUUCACAGCAAAUGGGCAGUAUGGAAAUCAGACCUUGCUUCUUGGUGACAAAAAGCCUGAAGGAAAGAAGUGAAACCAAAUCUAAAGAAAAAGGCAUUGAUAAGUGCAAAUGUUUGCGUCCUUUUGUUUUUAAAGAUAUGAUGUCAGAAUAAAAUAUGGAAAACAUAUGGAAAA